AUGGCUCGUACCACCAAGUCAUCCAAUGGCUCCGCCCCCGUCAAGAAGACCACGACGCCUGCUGCCCCCGUUCAGAAGAUCAAGACACCAACUGCGCCCCGAUGCCGUUACCCAGGAUGCGGGUACGCCUCGUCGCGAGUGCACGACCUGAAGAGACAUUUCCUUACCCACUUGGAUAGACCAGGCAAAUACAAGUGCCCCUUCCCCGGUUGCUCUCACACCACGAAGCAGAAGUCAAAUAUGAAGCCACACAUCGCCAUACAUACUGGCCAACGUCCGGACAAGUGUCCUCACCACUGGAUCGAUGAGUUCGGUGUCGUAUCUCGCUGCUCGGCGGCGUUCUCCGACCCCUCUGGGCUCCUGAGGCACCGCAAGCGCCUCCACGGCUACGUUGUUGGGUCGCGCGCCAAGCUGGAACCCAGGUUCCGCUCGGUCGCCGACCAGGAGGAUGACAGGGAUGUGAACGCGCUUGCUUUGAGCCUAAAGCUUACGGUCCCAGCUGCGACCAAGGAACUAAAGAAGCGGCGCAUGGCCGGGAUUUACGACGUGCCUGCCCCUCCGUCCGCGUCCUCUCCCUCCCCUGCGUACCCGUCCUCCAUGGAGCCGAUCUGCGAGCCGGUCGCAGGACCCUCGUCGAGCAACUUCGCCCAGAGCAUGUCUCCUGUCAAGCACGAACGUUCACUCAGCCCCACCCUCGCCAAUCUUGCUGCCGACAUGGGCCUAGAGCUGAACAGCGAAGACUUCGACUGCUCCUUCGACGACGAGCCUCAGCUCGCCGCGUCCAACGUCGACAGCUGGCAGCUGCAGCAACAACAGUACCAAGGACAGAACUUCGGCAAUGUCAUGGCCCCAGACUUCCUUCUGUCAGGCCAGGACCCCGGCCAAUACCUGAACUCAUCAAACGACUGGUCGGUCGCUGGCGCCCCCGGAGCUGCCUGCGCGCCGCAGCCCGCGAUGGACUGGAACAUGCAGAACUGGGCGCAGUCGCUCGUCGUCCCGCCCUUGGAUCCGAACAUGGGCUUGGGCAUGGGUGUGGGCAUGUGCGCGCCGAACCCGAUGGCGUACGACACCCCGGCGCUCCCGUCUGCGAACUCGCUCUAUGGACAGACGUCGCCGAGCUGGAACGAAAGCUACUACGACCAGUUCUCGUCGGACAGCUCCUCCAUCGCGUCCUCGCCAUCGGCGAACAGCAUGGACUACCUCGACGACUUUAUGCGCCGCACUGCGUGA